AUUUUUUAGACACAUCGCAGUUCUGUCAAGUUCAAGGGGCGGAUAUGCAAAUGAACAGCCUGCGUGCUUUUUAUGCUUCUUUUUGAGCGUAGGAUAUGAUUAAUCAGCAUAUGCAUGGACUUUGCUACGUUGUGGCGUGUGACACCUCAGAGUAUGUGACGUAUCCGCUUGAGAAACGUAUGCGAGUAGCAUGUAGCAGUACUCGCACACCGGCCGACUUAUGGGGUCUUGAACGAUAAUGCAGUAGAAAGCUUGCAGGGUGCUACAUCUGAGGAAAUGGAUCGUAUGGAUGACAAAGUAUAAGCAGUUCCAGAAUGAGAGUAUGGAUUCACCGGGGUUGACAUCCGGUGAUGUGGAGGCAAAUCAGGAUAGGACUGAAGAAAACACGAUGGAGAACGGUCAUAAACUUAACAGUACAGUACUGGAUACAGUAGAUGACAAAGUUGCUAGGGACAUCCUGUUACGAAGAUUUGUGGAGCACCUCGGCUUCAGGCUCUUCAGCUUCAUUCUGAUUUUGAUUGACAUCAUUAUCCUCAUCGUAGACUUCUCGACCCCGUCAGAAAAUGAAAAGGGAUAUGACAUAGCUGCUCUCUGUUUUGUGUGCUUUUUCGUAGUCGAACUGCUGCUUCGAUUGUAUGUACAAGGUCCAGCAGUGUUCUUCAGGCGAUGGUACAACGUCGUAGACUUUGUGGUGGUUAUUGUUUCGUUCAUAACCACCACCAUAUAUGCGUCCAUAGAAAUGUCGGGAUACGUCAAGUUGAUCGUGAUCGGUCGUGUUGUGCGUGUCGUCGGUCUCAUUAGAAUCUACACAGAAAAGAAGAACCUGACUCAUGGCGCACGCCUGGUUGUGUCCGAAAACAAGCGCCGUUACCAGAAGGAUGGGUUUGACCUUGACCUUGUUUACGUCACAGACAGAAUUAUUGCAAUGUCUUACCCUUCAUCUGGAAAAAUGUCCUGGUACAGGAAUCCAAUUAAGGAAGUGGAGAGGUUCUUCGACACCAAGCAUCCUGACCAUUACCGCAUCUACAACAUGUGCAGUGAACGGACAUACGACAACACACACUUUCAUGGCCGCAUCGAACGGGUACUCGUCGACGAUCACAACGUCCCUUUGCUCAAAGAUGCUGUAGAAUUUGUACGUAGUGCUCAGGAGUUCCUGGCUGACCACCCACAAAAUAUUGUGGCUGUUCACUGCAAGGGAGGAAAGGGUCGGACAGGAACAAUGAUCUGUAUGCUGCUUGUUGAAAACAAGCUCUUCGAAUCUGCAAAGGCUAGCCUAGAGUACUUUGGAAACAUUCGAACGGACAAAACUGUUGGGACCAAGUUCCAGGGGGUGGAAACACCAAGUCAGAACCGUUAUGUCGAGUACUUUGAAGAGGUGAAGGACAAACACCAUGGUGAUGUGCCAGAAGAGAUUCCCUUGAAGGUGUCUGCAAUUCGGAUUUACAGGCUUACUGGAGUCGGAGCUGGAACAGGAAAAGACUUCUCGUGUGAAGUGUUCCAAGGGCGCACUAGGGUGUUUGAGAUGGACUUUGGACGGCAGAUGAACUGCCAGGCAAACUUUCGUGUCCAAGCUGACGUUCUGGAAGUCACGCCCAUUAACUUCCCAGUUGUGCAAGGAGAUGUGAAGUUCAGGUUCUGGUGUCUAAGUUCGUCUGUGCCAAGAGGAUAUGAAGAUUGCCCAUUCUACUUUUGGUUCCAUACAAGCUUCAUAAAGGACAACAGGCUGUUCCUGCAAAGAGACGUCCUCGACAAUCCGCACAAGUCCAAGACCUGGAAAGUUUACCACGAAGACUUCGCAGUCGAGCUGCUUUUCACCCCUCAAGCAACGUCAUGAUUUUCCAGUACAGCUGCAUUUCGCAUUUGUACCUCCUGAUAUCGAGAGCCAGUAUUUUUUGAAUAUUUAUGUACUUACAUUCUUAACAUUUGAGCUUUGAGCUCUCCCUGUACUUUAUGCUCAUUCAUAUAGUAUUCUCAUUUUGAGAAAGAUAUACGUUCAAAGUAACAUUCCUAUUUUUGUACAGAGAAGUUCUUCUUUGGAGCAGAUACUUAAUGCAAUGUGUCAAAGGCCAUCCAAAUGUUCAUUUAUAUAUACAUGUUGUAAGUAAUGUUUUUGCAUCGUUGAACUGAAAAUAAAACUUAUUUGAAUAAAUGUGUUUUCCAGUGC